AUAUAAAGGCAGAAGAUAUAGAGGGAGAAGAAGAGACAUAUGUGAGUGGUGAUCAGCAGUGUAAGGAGGAGGAGAUCCCUACAGAUAUCAGCACAGAUGGACACACAAGCAGGAAUAUCUCAGAAGGACAUCUAAUGUUAUCCCCGGAUUGUGACAUAAAAGAUAAUGACAGAAUACAGGAUUCUCCAGGAGAUAACCCCUUUACCCCAAUUAUACAUCCAGCUCUAUCAGCUGGUCCCUCUGAUCCUGGGAAAUGUUCUCCUGAUCACUCUGAUGUUGGUGCAUCUGUUACAGCUCUGACAGUAGAUUCAGUGUUUACCUGUUCAAUAGAUUCCAAAUGUUUUACGCAGCCCACAAAGCUUAUUACCCAUCAGCCUGCUAAGACAGGUGAGAGGCAGUUUCCAUGUUCUGAGUGUGAGAAAUGUUUUACAUGCAAAUCAGCUCUUGUUUCACAUCAGAGAAGUCACACAGGUGAGAAGCCAUUUCCAUGUUCUGAGUGUGGCAAAUUUUUUACACGGAAAUCAAAUCUUGUUACACAUCAGAGAAGUCACACAGGUGAGAAGCCAUUUCCAUGUUCUGAGUGUGAGGAAUGUUUUACAUGCAAAUCAGCUCUUGUUUCACAUCAGAGAAGUCACACAGGUGAGAAGCCAUUUCCAUGUUCUGAGUGUGGCAAAAUUUUUACACGGAAAUCAAAUCUUGUUACACAUCAGAGAAGUCACACAGGUGAGAAGCCAUUUCCAUGUUCUGAGUGUGAGGAAUGUUUUACACUGAAAUCAAAUCUUGUUAAACAUCAGAGAAGUCACACAGGUGAGAGGCCAUUUGCAUGCUCAGAGUGUGGGAAAUGUUUUUUAAAUAAAUCAAAUCUUGUUGCGCAUCAGAGAACUCACACAGGUGAGAGGCCAUUUGCAUGCUCAGAGUGUGGGAAAUGUUUUUCAAGUAAAUCACAUCUUGUUAGACAUCAGAGAACUCACACAGUUGAGAUUCCAUUUGCAUGCUCAGAGUGUGGGAAAUGUUUUACACAGAGCUCAAAUAUGAUUAAACAUCAGAGAACUCAUACAGGUGAGAAGCCAUUUUCCUGUUCUGAGUGUGGAAAAUGUUUUUUACGUAAAGUCUGUCUUGUUAAACAUCAGAGAAGUCACACAGGUGAAAAGCUGUUUUCAUGCUCUGAGUGUGGGAAAUGUUUUUUAAAUAAAUCGAAUCUUAUUACACAUCAGAGAAGUCACACAGGUGAGAAGCCAUUUUCCUGUUCUGAGUGUGGGAAAUAUUUUUUUAGUAAAGCACAUCUAGUUUCACAUCAGAGAAGUCACACAGGUGAGAAGCCAUUUUUCUGUUCUGAGUGUGGGAAAUAUUUUUUUCGUAAAGCACAUCUAGUUACACAUCAGAGAAGUCACACAGGUGAGAAGCCAUUUUCAUGUUCUGAGUGUGAGAAAUGUUUUACACUGAAAUCAAAUCUUGUUAAACAUCAGAGAAGUCACACAGGUGAGAGGCCAUAUCCAUGUCCUGAGUGUGGGAAAUGUUUUUUAAAUAAAUUAAAUCUUGUUACACAUCAGAGAACUCACACAGGUGAGAGGCCAUUUGCAUGCUCAGAGUGUGGGAAAUGUUUUUCAAGUAAAUCACAUCUUGUUAGACAUCAGAGAACUCACACAGUUUAAAUGCCAUUUGCAUGCUCAUGAGUGUGGGAAAUGUUUUACACAGAGCUCAAAUAUGAUUAAAAAUCAGAGAACUCAUACAGGUGAGAAGCCAUUUCCAUGUUCUGAGUGUGGGAAAUGUUUUUUUAAGUAAAGCCCAUCUUGUUAAACAUCAGAGAACUCACAGGUGAGAAGCCGUUUCCAUUCCCUGAGUGUGGGAAAUAAAUCAGAUCUUAUUGAACACAUUAGACAUUACCCAAGUGAGGAACCAUUUUAAUCUUCUUGAGUAUAAUCAUCAUUGCCAUGCAUUGUUCCUCAAGGAUCAAUCCUAUCUCCUAUACUUUUUGCAAUAUACAUGCUACCACUUGUAGAAAUAAUCAGACGUCAUGACCUGGCCUACCACUUCUAUGCAGAUGACUUGUCUUUUGCUCCAUGUACUGAGAACCCAACACCAAUACUAAAUGGGAUGGUAAUGCUAUCCCGGUGGACAGAAUGCUGGCUGUCAAUAUACCAAUAGUGGAAUACCAGCAGUGGGGUGAGUGCAAAGAGUUCCCUUGCGGGCUCCCUGUUCUCGCUAUGCUGCAGGCGCAGUGGCUCAUUGUGUUCACCACAGGUAUUAUUCCCACUCUAUGGGUGUCGUAGACACCCACGAGUGAGAAUAGCUGUGGUGAGUGCUGUUGGCAUUCCCGGCUGUCGGGAAUUCUGAAUGUCGGGAUAUUAACUACAUCCCAUCCUAAAUGGUUGUCUAGCUGAGCUCCAGGGGUGGAUGAUGCCAGUUGGCUGUGACUCAGUCUUAGUGAUACGUAAUAGAAGUUCACAAACAAAGGACAAGACUACAGCUUUACCAACCAUCAUGACUUAUGCUUUGGGGUUCAGAGUGACAAAAUGCUGACUGCGAAAACUUUGUGUGGUCCUGGAUUGUGGCUGACACAGACAUCGGGUAUCUGCCACAUUCAAAUCUUCGUUCUUCCAUCUGAGGACCAUAGCCAGAAUCGAGCUCUUGAUUCCCUCAGAAGACCUGCCUACAGCCAUACAUGCAUUUGUAUCCUCUCACACAGACUACUGCAAUGUCCUCUACCUGGGUCUCCCAGCAAAAGAAUUACACCGCUUGUAGCUUGUACAGAAUGCAGCAGCCAGUCUGUUACCUAACACCCAUUCUCUACUCCCUCCACCGGCUGCCUGUAAGAUGGAAAAUCUAUUUAAUAAUCGGCUAACUGACCUUCCCAGCCCAACAUUACAUGGUCCAAGGUACCAGAAGCUGCUUCUGCCUCCCUACUGCCUCACUUGUUUAUUUCUGCAGAGAAAGGACUGUUACCAGCAGUACCAGGAAACUCCCAUAAUGCAUUUGGGGGUCAAAAUUUUAUCUUUGUAGCCCUGGCCAUGGAACUUGCUGCCUCGCACAGUCCAAGAGGCCUCCACCCUAGAGCCCUUCACAAGCAGGCUGAUGACUGACCUGUUACUCAUUUCAUUAAUGCUCCUGUAGUUCUUACAUAUAUCCCACAUGCUUAGUUCUUUGUUCUGUUGUUUAUUUUGUAACUUGUGCUUUGUGUGAUUGUGUAAUACCAGUUUGUACUAUCUAUAUUGCUGCACGACAAUAUGGUGGCCAUAGGAACGUGUUUCCACUUCUAGUUUCCCAUUCUUAUCUCACCUGAUCAUCUUAAUCAGGAGUGUUGUGGGAUACAAGAUCCUAUCCAUAUAUACAUUACCAUGUGCAUUAGAGUCACCCGGGUUCCAUCUGCGGUGGUUUGUUGUAUGUUACACCUAUAUGGUGCGGAUACUCCUCUGUAUGAUUUCAUAA